AUGGCGACCGCAUCCGAUGAAAGCAUGAUGCUGAGCUCCGGCAGCAUACGUACAACGAGGCCGCAGAAUGAGGAGGACGACGACGCGUUCCCGGACGAAAUCAUCCCCCUCAUCUGCUGCACCAUACUGCUCCUGCUCGUUAUCAUGAUUGUUCUGCUCAUUCUGGUGUCCAACGCGUACGGAAACAGCGAAGAGGAUUCGGGGACAGGUACCGGCACGCCAACAUAUGCAAAGAUAAAGGGUGGUGCCGCUCCGCCAGUCGUCCCUACCAUCACGCAAGCGCCGUCUCCUGUAAUACCGCCGCCGACUCAACAGCCAACUGUACCACCCCCGACGACGACGCCGACGACAGCGCCUACCGUGCCUCCCACGACAAAAGCGCCGCCUGUACCACAGACUACGCCAACGACGAAACCACCAACGACAAGGCCCACGACGACUAGGCCACCAACGACGACAAGACCGACAACCACGACGCGUAGGACCACGACGCCGACAACCACGAAGUCUACAACGACGAAGCGUACAACCACAAAGCCUACAACCACGAAGCCGACAACCACGAAGUCUACAACCACAAAGUCGACAACGACAAAGCCGAGAACGACGAAGUCUACGACGACAACGACGACAACGCCGACUACGCAAAGCACCACGAAAACAACGCCAUUUCCAGGAACACCAUCAAGACCUGGAAAACCACCACGUCGGUUCACACUCAUCUGCGUGUUCGAGUUUCUCACCCCAAAUGUCUGGGGUCCCGUUCACCAGUGCACCGACUACGUCUACAUACGGAUGUACAACUACGAACACCACCGAACUGGGGACCAGAAAAUUGAGUUUACCGGGAAAAAACUGGUGAACUCGAUUGGACUCAGGCUCGACUGGGACACCAGCGCUGCAUACGGCCAUUUCUUCUUUGCGGGUGAUCUCCAAAUGAGGCGUGCCUAUCUACAGUUUCCACAAGCCGACCUGUACAUGGGCAUGUGGGGUAUGACGUACGUCCGCCUCCUGGAGAGCCUGUGGACGAUUCAAGAGAUCAACAGGUCAAUAUACGAGUUCGUGCGCACGCCUCUUAGGAGCAACAUAAAUUACACUCGCUUCGAAGGAUUCGCUAUCAUCAAUUCAAUAGUACGGGACAACAGGGGCCACCAUCAGGCGAACGAGACCUACGUGUAUGACAUCUUCAAGAAUCCUCAGUACCCCAUCUUACUGCCGGGCUGGAAGUUUAUCCACACGAUGAGUAUCUGGCCAUUUUGGCCAGUCCACCUACCCCUGGAAAAAAUCGUGCACGUCGCCAACUUCCCGGACAUAUUCGGGGUGAGCACGACCAACACGACGGAGGAACACAACGCCAUAUGGUACGACGCCAGUUACGUCGCGCCAGUCAACUGGGUCUCGCCUCCCAACCCCAUAUACCGGGCUAACGACGGGACCAGAGGCAUGCUCGACAUUAUCGCCGAGUUCCCAUACUGGAAGCAACUUUUGAACCAGAGCAAGGUCUGCUUUUCGGUCACCACGUCGAUCAACUACGCGACCAUUACGUCGCUUCCCAUCGACUUCCACAACGAGCUCAACGUUGGCUGGUUCAACGCGGUUCGCUUCCGCCGUUUCAACUUCACAGGUAUCAAUGACGGCACCAAGAAGCUGAACGUGGAGGACAUGGACAUGCACUACGAGUUUGAGAACAGGAGCCGGUCUCACAUGUGGGUGCACAGAUAUGCACAUGGCAUCGUAAGCGUCUUCAUCUACGACGACGCCGCCACUCUGGCUCCAAAGAUCGAGCAGUUGCUGGACGCUUGGCCACACGACCGGUGCGUCGUCUUCGACGACAUCGGCGAGGACAGCCUCGAGGGCAACUUCACGUACUUUGGGCCACACGACGAGGUUCAGCAGGUUCGAGAUGUUCAACGUCGUCUCCGGCGCCAUGAUCAAGAAGUACGGCGGCACCGUGUUCCCGGCCAUGUAUCACCAGAGGGUGCCCAAUGCACACGACGCUCUUAGGAAUAUCACAACUUAUCCUCCGUACGUUCCAUGAAGCUGGAUAUA